AUGGGAGGACCAUUAGUGCUUUAUCAUAGAAUCAAAGAACAUUUACUAAACAUAACAUUCCGUUCACAUAUCAUACUGUCAAUACUAAUACGCAUUUGUUUGAUUAUCUAUGGCCAGUUUCAAGAUAAACACGCUGAGGUGCCGUAUACGGAUGUGGAUUACAUUGUGGUCACUGAUGGAGCGCGGCAAAUGCUGUUGGGCAACAGCCCUUUCCGAAGGCAUACCUACCGCUACAGUCCCAUAUUGGCCUUUAUGCAAAUACCCAAUGUGGUGGUGUAUCAUGAAAUGGGUAAAUUUAUCUAUGCCUGCUUUGAUAUACUAGUGGCCCUGCUCAUAUAUGUUAUAGUACGCAAUGAGCUACAGUCACAAUGCAACAAGGCUGUGAAAUGUCUUCUCACCAAGUACGGCAGGGGAUCACAAUUUUCUUCGAAACUGAACUAUGGGGACUCUGAUUCGCGAAACAGUCCCGAGAAGGUUGCCAAAGCAUCUGCCUGCUUUUGGCUAUACAAUCCUUUGACAGCCGUCAUCUCAACGCGCGGAAAUGGUGAUAGUUUUUCCAGCUUCUUUGUUAUAUUCACUUUAUAUUUAAUUAUUAAAUCAGAUGACUGUAGCAAUAGUGUUAGGAAACGUAAUUGGUUGAUAUUUGCAGCCGGUCUGGUCCAUGGCUUUGCCAUACAUUUACGUUUGUAUCCCUUAUUGUUUAGCUUGGCUUACUUUCUGACAUUAUCCAGUAGAUUAGUGAAAUCGAUUAAAGACUUUAUGCGCGUAGUUCUAUUUCCCAAUAUCCAACAGUUAAUCUUAAUCUUAGGAACAUUAUUGAGUCUGGUGCUACUAACAGGUCUCUUCUAUAGACUCUAUGGCUGGCAAUAUAUUUAUGAAGCUUAUUUGUAUCAUUUUGUGCGCAAAGAUAUACGCCAUAAUUUUUCGUUAUAUUUUCUCAUGCAAUAUUUAGGUAGUGGUGACAGUGGUCAAGCAAUGAGUCCGGGUGGCCUGCAAAAACUGCUUACUUUGCUGCCACAAAUGAUUUUGAUACUAUAUUUAAGUAUAGGUUUUGGACAAUUUCGUCAGACCCUGCCAUUUGCCAUAUUUGCGGUAGCCUACACAAUGGUCACUUUUAAUACCGUGGUAACAUCACAAUAUUUCAUUUGGUAUUUAGCCCUGCUGCCAAUCUGUAUCAAUAACUUCCAUGGCAUGUCGCUAAGACAAUGCAGCAUGUAUUUCGGCAUAUGGUUGGUGUUUCAAGGUCUGUGGUUACUACCGGCAUAUUUGUUGGAGUUUAAGUCAUGGAAUACAUUCUAUUGGAUUGGCCUACAGGGUGGCGUGUUUUUUGUUGUGAACAAUUUUAUAUUGGGACGUUUAAUAGAAAAUUAUAGCUUUACACCGUUUAAGAUAAACUUGAAGAAACUUUUCUAAAAUGAAAAAAAAAAAACCAUGAAUGAUAGGUAUUCAAUAAUAGUUAUAUUAAAAAAAGAAAGAAAAAAAAAACAUAGCAUUCAAUAUACAUAUUUACCUUAAAUCUAUAACGAACAUGUAUUAUAUUUCUUCCCACAUUUUUUUAUAUAAUGAAAUAAAGUAGAAAUGAAGAUAAAAUAAUAAUAAAUAACCAAUACUUUACACAACAAAUAGCCGCUAAGAAAUCUGUAGUUUAAAGAGAUUUUUUCUUUUUUUUCGAAAUUUUGGUAUUGAAAUCGCCAGAGUGACUAUAUUGCCUGCACAUAAAACACAAUUUCCAAAUUCUAAUUCCUACUAUUUUAAAAGAUUGAUUAUUUAGAUAAAAACUGAGAUUUUGUAUAAUCUCAUUGAGUCGUCAGGAGGUCUUAUUCUUU